GAGCAGUCAAGUGGAAAUAUGGGUGAGCAUCAGAGAAAGACAGAAAUAGAGCGAUAAAGCAGUGAAUUAGGCAGACGCAGUGAGAGGAGGAGGAGAGUCUUUCACUGAGGUGCCGAUGCUUCGUGCAGACGAGGUUAUAUUCUAGUAGCAGAAAGCUCUCGUCGUGUGUGGAUGUGAGAACCUUGUGGAUUUGCUCCCGUCUGAGUCUCAGUGGAAUUCAUUGCAUCCGGACCCAUAACAACUGCAGACGGAGGAUGCGACCGUGGCUGGAUGCUAGGAUCUAUGUGGGCCUGUGACGUCUGCACUCCCCUCUGUGGCUACCUUCUUCAUCAUAAGGAUGCUUCCAGAAGCACUGACCCAGAUUGUGGAGUCCCGGCUCUUCGCUGUGCACCGCUCCUCCGGUGGUCUGUGAAUGUGAUGCCCACGAGGAAUGCUCUACACCUCGGCGGAGAGUGCUCAGCCUGCUGCCUCUGCUGACAUCUGUCUCCGUGGAUACACACAGCCACCGGCAGGCUACGCCACCAAGACUGAUCCAUAAUAAUAAUCCCCAGCCAAGGAACAAACAACAUCUGGGCGUGGAGAGAAGGGAGAGGAAGAAGUCUCAGCAGGGUGGGCGGCAGAUGGUGACACUGCAGCAGCACUUCUCCAGCAUGGAGGAGACGGUGCGAACGUUACUGCAGAACCAGGACUCACUGGAAGGGCCCAAGGUGGACCCACUGGACCUCAUGAAAGCAUACAAGGACAAACUCCUGGAGGAAAUGUGGAAGCAGCAGGACAGUCUGGAGGGUCCCACAGCCACAGCAGCAGAGAUGCCUGCCCUGCCGGAGGGCGGCGGAGGGUCUGAGGAAAAUUCAAAGAACAGCAAUCCCCUGCUAGAGCGACUCAGAGUCCUGGAGGCUGAGAACUCUGCUCUGUCAAUGGAAAACGACAUUCAGAGGAAGCAGUACGAACGCUGUCUGGAUGAGGUGGCUAACCAGGUGGUCCAGGCCCUCCUCACACAGAAGGACUUGAAAGAGGAAUGUGUGAAGCUGCGGACCCGUGUGUUUGACUUGGAGCAGCAAAACCGCAUAUUGAGUGUUCUGUUUCAACAACGUGUCAAAAUGUCCACGAAUCCUGUCUCCCAGGAUGUCCAAAGAAACGGAAAAGCAGGUAUUCCUGCAGGAAGGUGGCCCAGCCUGCUGAGUCUAACAUGCCCACGCAGCAGUGGAAGCGGCAGUGGCAGUGAACUGUCACUGUCCAGUGCGUGUAGUGAGUACUCCAGUGGAUCCCACACUUGGGCAGAGGGACGUGGAUUCUCCAAACAGUGUGCCGCCAGCCGAGACAAAAGGAUGAGUACGGGUUCAGUAUCAAGCAAUCACUCUGCAUCCAUCGAGCAGACAGACCUGGGAUGGAAGGAAGGCCACAUUCUAAAAGGCCUGAAGCGUCUCCAAAUGUGCAGCUCCAAAGAGGCAUCCUCACUUGCAUCUGUGCCACACUGCAAAGAUUGCAUGACCUCCAAUGAGGGCAUAUACUCGUUUGGUUUCAAGUGUGGCCAACAAGGGAGUACAGCCAAGCAAGUAACCCCUACAAGUAAACCUUUCAAGGCCGGAGCGGGGACUGCUGCCCUAUACUCUGAUGAUGCAGAUGAUGAUUCAACUAAAUUACAAAGUAGGGAGUCCAAUGACCAACCAACGAAAGAGUUUGUUUGCUUGGAGAAACAUGAUGUCACAAAGGAUAUUGAAAACAAUUUUCAAGAAGACCCUGUAAAACUUGAAGGGAAUUCUAGUCUUUUUCCCUCACCUGUCAUAGACAACUUCUUAUUUUUGCAGGACCCCACAGUAAAACCUGGUGUAAGCCCACCAAAUAGCAAUAUGCAUCUAGAAGAAAAACACAAAGGCUCUCUAGAAAAACAGAAGCCUUCAGGCAUGAAGUUAAAUGACAGAAACAAUAACCAAGAAAGGUCUACUGACCGUAAAUCCAGACUUGACCAUGUCAAAAGACAGCAGGGAAGACUUGCAGUCAAACAAGUUGAAGCAGGGACAAAUGAACUGAGCUCUUCUAUUCAGAAUUCUGCAACAAGAGCCCUGAACUGUGCAAGUGUAGCCAGACAGCGCAGCUCUUCAAUGGAGGUUCCUCACUGCAGACACCAGGCGAGUCAAGCUGGCAGUAAAACCCAGAACUACACCAUCUCAGAAUCUUCACAGAGGAAACCGAAACCUCAGCCUUGUGAUUCAGCAAGAAAGGCUUUCAUUCUGCGUAGUAAGAGUGCAGAUGGAGGGAAAGAACAAACUAAGCAUACACAUUCUCCUCUCCAUCAAAAGCUUAUUAAGGGCCACAGGUCCAAAGGACAAUCAAACCCUCCUGGACCCAGUGUUCCUAGCAAAAUGACAGAACUCAGCAAAACACAUUGUUCAAGCAAGGGAUCAUUAUCUAAAGUUGAGAAAGAUGAGGACGUUACAGCAUCUACAAGUUCCAAGUCUCUCAAGAGUGUGCGCUCUCCCCUGGCUUCUCCUGUGAAACAUUCAAAGACAUUUAAGCCUCCAGGGAUCAAUGAAUACUCAAAGAGCCCAACAAAAUCACCUUUGCAAAUCCCUAGACUUCAAUCAAGCAAUGGGUCUGUGGAGGAGAGUAUCUAUGACAACUUACCCUGCUCUCCACGAAAACAACGACGCCAAGACCAGCACUGUGAUGACUCUUGUUCAGAACUUAUGUCCCCAUCCCCACCGCCACCCCCAGGACGAACUACUUCCCUUGUCCUUAGGCCCAGUAGUGACAGCUUACUUGGAGCACAUAAAUCUGCAGGUCAUGCUCAAAGCUCUACUACAGGGAAGACAUCAUCGAACAACAGCAAGCCACAAUCAAAUCUUUCUAUAUUACAGCUGCAAGAAUACAACACAACAAAGGACAAUCAACAUACAGCCCCACAAAUGGGUGCGGAUGGUAAGCCACUGAAAGAUAUUCCUGCCAACGUCUACCAUACCCACUUAUCCAAGAUACCACCUGUCCCAGCUCAAGAGUCUUCAGAGUCAGUCCAGCUCUCUAUGGACAGAACUGUUGCGUGUCAUGAUGAACAUGGUUCUCCCUCAAUAUUUCCAACUCAGAGCAUCUUACAGAGAUCCCAGCAGAGCAUUAGUGAGCCAAAACUUUCAGAAUUCUUGCCUCAGGCAUAUUCUAAUGUUUACUGCCAUGGGAUUGCCAAUAAUCCUCAGAGUUCAACCUCCAGAGCUGUGAAAAUGGCUCUUCCUGUAAAUGCUAGAUCUCAUGAGGCAAUUGCUGGACAGGAAACCGGUACCUUCCUAGUUUUUGGAAGACAUAACAAAGAUGAUACAAACUCUACUGCAAAAAGUAUUCACACCUUCCAGACCUUUACGUGUGAUCCCCAGAUGAUACAUGAAUGUGGAGCUCAUGAAAAGGUCCGGCGAAAGAUUGAGACCCGCUGUAACUCGCUGGAUUCGGAGCCCUCAGUUCAACCUGUAGCAUCAGACAGCGGUGUGAUGUUAGAUUGGGGAUUUGAUGAGGAAGGUUGGCUUUUUAAACGGUCUGUGUCUGUGUCAACCAGACCUCCCCUAAAGCCAGUAAUGGGCAUGAAUGGGGCUAAGGCUCGUAGUCAGAGCUUUGGUGCACGCUACAUGGACAGGCCAAGUUUCAACAGAUCUGGAAAGGUUCGUACCCAGAUCAAAACACACUCAGGGAGCUCCUUGAACUCUCUUAGUGAUGUCCUUCCAGGAAGUAUGAGUUGCUCCAGUAGCUACCAUUGUCCAAUGAAUCGAUCUCUUUUGAAUAACUUCUUGAUUGAAGAGGGCCUGACCGUUCCUUUACAUUUGGGAUCCUCAAGUGAAAGACUUCAGAGUCUUAAACAACAACGAGAGCAAGCUAGACGCCUUCAGAUUGAGCAACAGUUUUCAAGCGCCUUUGGCGAGCCAGUUUCUGAAGAACCAGAGAGACAAAGUUCUAUAACCACCAUUGAAGAGAAAGUGAUGCUCGGCAUAGAGGAGAACUUGCACAAGUCUCAGGAACAGGAGAGAACCACUGAAGUGAAACAAAAAUCUGGCUCAACUUUGGCAAAUUGGUUUGGUUUUCGUAAGAGUAAGCUUCCCGCUCUAAGCAACAAAAAGCCUGAUCCACCGAAAGUAAAAGAGGAAAAGAGGGAGCAAAAGAUUACAUCACUUCUGGGAGGAAAGCAGACAAAGUCUGACAAAAAGAAAGACAGAAGAAAAAGCGAUGGAAAAGACGGCUCUGUGGGGAGAAGAGAGUCUCAUGAUGCAGUGCGGGCAUGCAUCUCAAUGCCCUGCCCAGGAAUGUCCCUAAAUGAGAUACAAGGACAUACUGACAUCAUCGGGGACCCGAAGAUGCAGAUGAUGAACCUGAGAGCCGAUGGUGAAAAUGGAUCCACAAUGAAGAGCCCCAGUCAGGAUGCUGUAAUAGGCUCCGGCUGCAAGAUGCGAACGUUGGACAGUGGAAUUGGGACCAUCCCCCUUCCUGAAUCCUGUUCCUUCUUCUCCUCCAUCCUGCAACUCCUCCCCAAGUCUUCAUCAACCCCAGAACAGUCCCUCAGUCCUCCCAGUGUCCCCGGUUCCUCCAGCGAGGACGUGUCUCCUUCCCCAUUACCUCGGUGGAAAAUACCCUCCAGCUUUAAGGACAGCAGCCAUGCAGGGGUGCCAAACUCCUUCUCCGACUCCUCCAUGACCCAUAUCCACUCAGUGCCUUUCCCCACUGUGGCCUUCCUCCAGCCCAUCCAACCCCAGUCUCAACCCAUUGUGACCUGUGCCAGUGUGUGUGAUACCAAGAGCAGGCUACCCAGAACACCACCAGAGUUUACGAAGCUGACUGAGUGAACCUGCAGCAAGGAAUCGAGUUGGAUUUAUCACUCUAACACACGUGGAAGAUCCCUAAAUCCCAUAGUUUGGACACUGUGUCUUCGUAUCAGGAUGAAAUGCUAAGAGCUGCACAACUAUGGAGCUUGGCAUUGUGGGCUUCCACCUGUGCUCAGUGCAGUGUUGAGAUACUGAGUAGCCUUUCAGGUGUAGUAAUGAACCUUCUGGCCGCCAUUUUGGGGGGCUUCAGCUCAUUGGCAUCAGCUGUGAGCAGCUGAUUGAAUUUCUCAUUGUACAACUCUGCUGUCUCACUGGAGUUAAACAGACAUUUUUCUCGGAGAAGUAACAAUUUUACAAAAAUGUGAACAUGAUUUUUUUUGUUUUGGUAAUAUCAGGUUAGCUAUUGUAGCACCUUCAUGGCUUCCUGUAAUCAUGUAAUCAUCACUAUCAUAUAAACACAUCUGAGUUGCACACAAGCUAAUGCAUGUAGGCCCGGUUCAAGCUAAUGUGAGCGGCCAGUAGCUGCAUUUUUACAUUGCUACGACAUGACUUGUUAGCUAGCUAAACUAACUGUUCUAACUUUAAGUCAAACAAUCAAACAAUGUGUGUAGAUCUGUAGGCACGUCAAAAGUCGUUUAAAUAUGUGUUUUGUAAAAUUACUAAUUUUUACCUAUUUCAUCAUUUUCCUUGAAGUAUAUUUUCAAUGUCAGUGUAUUUUUUUAGGAAUAGUUUAACAUUUCCCAUCUGGCAAGGCUGCGCAUUCAUCAGUUCGGCCACUAAGGGACAGGGCAAAUCAAACAACUGACAACACAAUUACCAACUUUCAUAUUACGCCAACCAAGAGCAACAUCCUAUUUGAUUGGGUCUGGCAACUUUACAAAUCUAAUAUUCAAAGUAAAAUAUUCUCUUUUUAUCUCCCUUUUGGUCUCCAGCACUUCUUAAGAAAAGGUUUUGGGUCUUUAGCUUGCUAGCUGUUUUGAAUGUAUUAGCUUUGUCAUUUGUUGCGGGCAGCUAGCGUACAGUGGGUUUAUUUUACUGUACAGCCAUGAGCCAGAAGAUGCUAAAAAGCUUAAUUUGUUUCCAUUUUCCAUUUUAAGUAUUGAUUAAAGCAGGAUUAAUAUUUAAAUAUCUUUUCACAAGCACAACAAAUUCACCACCAGACCUCCAUUUUGGCACCAGCUAUGGUCACUUUUGGAGAUUAAUGAUGCAAAUUACAGACCUCCACUAAAGUCCUGCUGAACAAAGAUUAUUUUGUCACAUUCAUUUGCAUUCUCCAUCCAUGUAUGAACAUCUUAGUGAAUAUUUACGUGAAGAUCUAAUCCUGCUUUAGAUCUGAUAAAUAUCUAAGCUACAGUACACAUGUCAGUAAUUUAUUUUCUGAUGGAUCCUCAAGAUAGCAAACUACGUCUUCCCUCCUGAGGACAUUUUAUGUAAAGCACUAACUACUGAUUGCCAUUCAUGAGCUCUAAACCAGACUGAGUAAUGUGAUUCUUUACAAUGUGCACUAUCUUGUUGAAAACUUUUUUUUAUUGUCACACUGUUAAUAUCAACCUGCAUGCAACCGCCCUCUGGCUUAUUCUAACCACAGAUAACCAUUUUAUGAAGAGCUUCAUCACAAGAGAUGAACAAUACUGAAACUUGAUGUCCACU